CGUGUAGGUAGUAAUUGACAAAAAAGAAAAUCGAAAUUCCCUUUGGUUCAACUUCAAACCAAAAACUUAAACGGACCGCAAUACCGAAUUGCAAAAUCAGUUGCCGAAAAGUGCAAUUGAUAAGAAGGACUUUGUUUUCGUUUUAACGCUCCGAAGUCCGAACAGUGUACACGAUCUCAUCAGUGUAAGCUACUACUGUCAUAUCUCACGAUCUAUCUGCUUCUCCUAAGAGUUUGACACCAUCUCUAAGGAAAUACGCUGAAAAAAAAUGGAUUCUUCCGUAUCUCUAUAUACCCAACUUAAGGCAGCCCAACCGUUCUUCGUGAUGGCGGGUCCAAAUGUAAUUGAGUCUGAAGAGCACGUUAUGAAGAUGGCUAAACACAUAAAGGCUAUAACAACCAAAGUUGGGGUGCCUCUGAUCUUCAAGUCCAGCUUUGACAAGGCUAACAGGACAUCUUCUAAAUCAUUCAGGGGUCCUGGUAUAGCUGAAGGCCUGAAAAUCCUUGAGAAAGUGAAAGUAGCAUAUGACCUCCCUAUAGUAACUGAUGUGCACGAAAGCAGUCAGUGUGAAGCUGUGGGUAAAGUUGCUGAUGUCAUCCAGAUCCCGGCUUUCUUAUGCCGCCAGACGGACCUCCUUGUUGCAGCUGCCAAAACAGGGAAAAUCAUCAAUAUUAAAAAAGGUCAAUUUUGUGCUCCUAACGUGAUGGUGAACUCUGCUGAAAAAGUCCGAGGGGCUGGUAAUCAAAAUGUUAUGGUUUGUGAGAGGGGGACUAUGUUUGGGUACAAUGAUUUGAUUGUGGAUCCUCGGAACUUGGAAUGGAUGAGAGAAGCUAAUUGCCCAGUUGUAGCUGAUAUUACUCAUUCACUACAACAACCUGCUGGGCAAAAGUUGGAUGGUGGAGGUGUUGCUAGUGGAGGGUUUCGGGAGUUGAUUCCGUGUAUCGCAAGGACAUCAGUUGCAGUGGGAGUUGAUGGAAUCUUCAUGGAGGUCCAUGACGACCCAUUAAGUGCACCCUGUGAUGGGCCCACACAAUGGCCUCUUCGCCAUUUGGAAGAGUUGCUCCAAGAGCUGGUUGCUAUUGCUAAAGUAAGCAAGGGGAAACAACAGUUUGCCAUUGAUUUGACACCAUUCCGUGAUUAGGAAGACCUUUUGAGUAAAGGUUAGUAACCUCAACUUAUCCUUUCAUUCCAGAAUUCAGAUUAUCAAAUGCUGCAUUUUUACAAACUCAGUAGUAUCAACUAAGUUCAUCAUUACUCAUUAGUCGCCAGCCUUACACUUUUCAAAUAGAUUGAAGCCGAUUUAUUAGCUUAUUGCUACCUUUUAAUAACCUUGUACUGCUAUAAUGUACCAUUGCAUGCCAUUAAUGAAGUUUUCAAUUGUUGGUUUUUCAGUUUCCUCCCCCUUCCCCGCUCCUCCUAUAAUACGGAGUAUAUGCCAGUUACCGGUUGCUAUCACUACUAGAAAUAACACCUUUAACGACCAAUGGUUAACGACAAUAGCAAUAACAUUGUCGUUAAACAACGAAAAUCUAAAAUUUUAACAAAUGGAGCGAGGCCUUUUUUAACUUUCUUGUCAUCGUUAAUGUGAAGAAGUUUAUAAGAUUACUCUAAACACACCAAAACCUAAGUACUCCGUAAGAUUUAUUUUUAACUUUUUAAAACCUUGCUUUUGUGUUCUUGAAUUCUAGUUACGGCGGUGAGGGUUAAAGAUAUUUUUUUGGAAACCCAUUAUUGGUCACCUUCCUUUCUCAUUUCAAUCGGCGAUAACUCAAGCCUUUUGGGCAUGGUUUUGGGGGUGGAAUUUGCAAAAGGAAGCGGCAGUCAUAGUGGAAUCGAAAAAGGUAGAGGAUAAGGUGGUUGAACAGUUAAAGAUCGAAGUUUCGGUGAUGGAAUUGGCGGCGAGAUAGGCGACUGCUAUAGCAGCACGAGUAAGGUCAAUUUCUAUUUGAAUCUUGUUCUAUCUAAGUUACAAUUUAAAAAUUUCUUAUACUAUGGCCUUAUUUGGUAGAGAGGAAUUGGUAGGAAAAGAAAGGAAAUAACCUUUCAUGUAUUUGGUUUUAAAUAGGAAAAUUUGUCAGAAACUACCUUAUAAAUUCAACAUUUUGCGAGAAACUACCUAAUAAAAAAAAAGUGGCAAAAAACUACCUUAUAUCAAAAAUAAUUUGCAGGAAGAUACCACUCGUCGGAUUCUGAGCGUUGACCGAUAAGCCCGACGUUGACUAAGCACGUGGAGGUCACGUGAUCUUGUUAAACCACCCUUAAUUUUUUUUCCCCUCUUUUCCAUUUUCUUAACUCAUAAACCCUAUUUGUUAAUCUGAUGUUUCUCUCUCCUCUUCUAUUAGCUCCGUUGCUUUCUCCUUGUAGCGCAUUAAAUCUCUGCAAUCUACCAUAGCUUCCAGAAUUCAAUUCAAUAGUUGAAUUGAGGAUAUAAAAAGUCCAACCAACCUAUUAAAAGGUAAGUGUACUCCAUAUCUACCUUUAUUUUUUACAAAAUUUUGCUUUGUACUUUCUCGAUCUGAGCAUUUCACUACUUUUGUCAUGGGUUAAGGUGGAAAAUCAAAGAGAGAGAAAGCAAGCUACAACAAAGAAAGGGGGACCAAUUACGAUAUUGGAGUAGUAUAAAGAUACAAAUAUAUUAGGAACUUUCAAUUGCUCCCAUUUACCCAAAAGAUUUGGGACUAAAUUAGUGACUAAUUGUGCUUAAAGAUGGUUGAUUUAAUAUUAAUAUUUUUACAUAGCCUAAUUUAAUAAUGUAAUUGCGAAUUUAAACAUGUAAGGAGGAAUUACUUGAUUUUUUUAGUGUGUAACAAUUUAAUUAAUAUUUAAUUUGAUACCCUCAGCCUAAUUGUUAAUUAUUUAAUUGGGAUACAUGUAUGAUAUUGGGAAUUUGGGAUGUUAAAAGUUUGUUUUUUUGUUAUCUCUUUUUCAGGUUUACUUAUCCAACUUAUAAACUGAUGGAGCCUAUUAAUAUUAGGUUAUUUUAUGGGGGUAGAUUUGUAACAAAGAAAUGGAAAACUACUUAUGAAAAAGGGGAUAGCAGUAAGUUUGGGUUCUCUUUGCAUCCUAAUGUAGGUGAAGUGUGCUAUUUUGAGUUUGUUGAUUGGAUUAAAAGGGAGUUAGGUUUUAAGGAAGUCGGACAUAUUUGGUUUCGGAAACAUGGAUGUAGCUUGUUUACGGGUAGAAAAGAGAUUAACAGUGAUGUUGAAAUUCCAGAGUUUCUUCAGUCAAAGGAAAAAGAUGGUUGGUACUAUUUAUAUGUGGUCCAUGAGGAAGCGAAGGAAAUUGAUAUUUCAAUUGAUAAUCUAAACUCAUUACAACCAAAUAUCCCCCCUUCCGUUGGCACUCAUACAAUACAAACUGCAUCCAAACAAACACCAAGAACAAAAAAAACUCAAUCUGCUAGCAUCAGGUAUAAGGAAUUAGUUCCCAUUUCUGAAGACAUUCUUGAAUAUGAAGCUGAGUGGGAUUCUGAUUCCGAUGACAGUGACAUGUGCUUAAGUGAAGGAGAUUUUGAGGAUGAGAGUGAUGACGAUCUUUUUGCUGCUAAUGUUGAUGCUAAUAUCAGUGAGAGAGUGACUAGAAGCUUAGAGGUUCCUUCCACUGAUAAAGAAGUAGAUGAAAAUGAGGAUGUUGGUGUUGACAUUCACUUUGACAGUGAUGUUGACCUGAAUGAGAGUGAUGAUGAAUUACAAAGCUUAGAUGGGUCUGAUGAUGAAGGGCCUAAUUAUCCUGUGUUUAACCCUCAAGUAGACUUCAGAGGUAACGUGAAACUAAGCCUGGGUAUGAAAUUCCCUAGUAAUACAGUGUUUAGGAAGGCUUUGAGGCAUCAUGCCAUUGAGUCUGGGCAUGAUUACUAUUACUUGCAUAAUGGUAGUAAGAGAAUAACGGUGUAUUGUGCAAAAAGAUGUGCAUGUCCUUGGAAAACUGCUAAGAUAGUAAAGUGUAGUUGUACUCAGAAGAGGAAGUGUAGGUUCAAAGUUCAUUGUGUGAAGAUGAAGGAUGAGGAAACUUUUCAGAUUAAGAGCCUUAGGUUAGUCCAUGUGUGUGGCCAUCAACACGAGAAUUCUAAGGUCACUUCUCAAUACCUAGCUGAGAGGUAUUUAGAAGAUUGGAGAGAGGAUCCUAAAAAAGACAUUUUGUCCUUUAUGCUGAGAGUUAGAAGAGAGGUUAAAGCGGAGGUGGGAUAUUAUAAGUGUUAUUAUUCUAGGCAAAUAGCUAUGAGGAUGAUAUUUGGAGAUGCUGCCUCAGAAUAUAAAAGAGUUUGGGAUUAUGCAGAGGCUAUAAGGCAUUACAAUCCAGGUAGUACAGCUAUUGUUAAGGUUGAAGGCAUAGAGACUUCACUGGUUGUGUUCCAAAGGAUCUACAUUUGUCUACAACCAUGCAAAGAAGGUUUUAUGGCUGGUUGUAGGCCGAUUUUGGGGGUGGAUGGGUGUCAUUUAAGGGGGUCACACCCCGGGGUGUUGUUGACUGCAGUAGGGAAGGAUGGUAAUAAUAACAUCUUCCCUGUUGCAUGGGCAGUAGUGGAAACGAAAAAUUCAGAGACAUGGGUAUGGUUUCUAGAGUUGUUGGUUCAAGAUAUAAAAUCUGUUGCUGAUGCAGUGACUUGGGUUCAUGAAAAUGAGGAUGAGGAUGACUUGACUUAUAUGUCUGACAGACAGAAGGGUUUAUUGGAUGCCUUCAACACUGUUGUUCCGAAUGCAGAAAUCAGAUUCUGUUGCAGACACAUAUGGGCAAACUUUAAGUUGAAGUUUUCCGGAGAGAUAUAUAGAGAGAGUUUCUGGAAGGCAGCAAGAGCAUCUACAAAGCACCAUUUUGACAAGUAUAUGGAGGCCAUUAAGGGUCUAAAUGUUGAAGCCUUUAAUUAUCUGAAUGCUAUACCAACGGUUCAUUGGUCGAGGCAUGCAUUUAGUACUAGGUCAAAGUCAGCCAUGGUGUUAAACAAUUGUUGUGAAAGUUUCAACAAUGUGCUGAGAGAGGCUAGGACCAGACCCAUAUUGUCAUUAAUGGAGUGGAUAAGGAGGUAUGUUAUGAAGAGGUGUUGUGCAAAACGAGAAGGUCUGAAAAAGUUUGAUGGUUUUAUAAUGCCUUCGGUUGAGAAAAUGGUUCAUAGAGGGCUUGAAAAGGUGACAAAUAUGAGGGUGAAUGAGGCCGAUUUGUUUGAAUUUGAAGUAGAUGAUGGUGAUGACACCUUUGUGGUUAAUUUGGAGACCAAAGAAUGUGGGUGUUUUAGGUGGAGCCUUAUGGGAAUUCCUUGCUGGCAUGCUCUUGCUUGUAUUGUGAAAAGAAGACUAAGAUAUGAGGACUAUGUCCAUCAAGCAUACCAGGUGAGCACAUAUGCAGCCACAUAUGCCCCAAUGUUUCAUGCUAUGCCAGGUCAAAGUCAGUGGCCCAAAACUCCAUAUGUAGAGCCUUUGCCCCCUCCGUACAGGAAGAUGCCUGGAAGACCUUCAAAACGGAAGAGGGUGAAGGAGGCUGGUGAAAAUAAAGACAAGCAACUAGUUAAAAGAGUUAAGAAGAUGAACAAGUGUAGCAGAUGUGGGGGCCUUGGACAUUACAAGAGUAAAUGUCAAAAUGUUCCCUUGCCACCAUCAGAUAAGCCCAAAUCAAAGGGUGGAAGGCCAAAAAGUUUCAAAGUUGGUUCUGUUUCAAUUACUCCAUUUGCCGCUACAACAUCAAAUGUUCCUGCAUCUGUUCCUGCAAAUAGAGCUCCUAGUGCAUCUGUUCCUGCAAAUAGAGCUCCUAGUGCAUCUGUUUCUACAAAUCGAGUUUCAUCUUCUACUACAAACCGAGCUUCAUCUCUUGUAAAGAGUGGUUCAAAGCGUGUUGUAAAAGGAGGUUCAGAAAGUGUUGUUGGUUCAAAGGGUGGGGGUACAAAGGCUGUUGUUGGUUCCAAGGUCGUCGGUUCAAAGGUUGUUGAUGUUUCAAAGUGUGGGGAAUCAAAGGGUGGUGUUGGUUCAAAGGGCGUUGCAUGUGGUGGUUCUAGGACUGGAAAUCCAAUGACUUCAUUGUCAAAGAAGACUACUAGAGCAAAGAAUACAACUAGAAGUUAGAAGCACCUGCUGCCAACUUCUAUUGUCAGCACUCAACAAUCACAAACUUCCAUGGACAUAUCUCAGAUUACAACUUGAACAAUAUCGGAAGUGUUUGUUAUUUUUUACUCAUUUUGGGAAGUAACAUUUAGUUGAGCGUGUAUUGUAGCUUAUGCAAUAUUACUCUUGGUUUUUGCUAUUUUUGGAAACAGAACUCUUCACAAUUUGUACAUGUUUUACGUUCAGAUUAUUGAAGUAGUAAGAAGGAAAUGUUACAAAAA